UGGGACACCCACUGGAGCUCGAGACCCACUAAGCCUUACCCACCACCGCCACCACCGGACGCACAAGAUUUGUGUGCCUCAGUAAUCAGUCAGAAUAUCAUUAUGUAUUCAAUAAUUUUGAACUUUCUCAAUGUUCAGAUGCCGCCACGUAGGGAACCCGAUCAUCCAGUUCCUACUCAGGCUACAGUGGUCGCGCAGUUCCGCGACUAUCAUGCCGAGAAGUUCUCAGGGCAGGGAGAUCCUCGCAUAGUUGACGAGUGGAUUCAGGGCUUGGAGUUUAUCUUAGAG